AUGCCCAAGAGGAAGCCGACUGUGGAUGAGGAGCCCAAGAAGGAGACAACUUCAGAUGAGGAAUCUGAGGAGGAGAACAAGAGUACGGAUGGGGAACCCAAGAAGACUAGACCAGGCAGCAAACCUGGAAAUAACAAUAGUUCUGGUGGCAAAGGAUGGAAAAAGAGAGCCCAAAGAGCUGCAAUUGGAGCUGCAAUUGGAGCAGGAGUGGCACUGGUUGCCAUCCCAGCGUGCAUUGCUGGGCUGGGGUUCACCGCAGGCGGCAUCGCCGCUGGAUCCAUCGCUGCCAAGAUGAUGUCGGCAGCUGCCAUCGCCAACGGAGGUGGAGUGGCAGCCGGCAGCACCGUGGCUGUGCUGCAGUCCAUUGGAGCUGCAGGUUUCUCUCUUGGUGCCAAACUUGGGCUGACAAGUGCCUUGGGGUCACUCGGGGCAGCAGCUGGUGCCUCGCUGCCCUUGAGGAAGAAGAUUCCAAGUGACAAACCCAAAGAAAGUAACUCCAGGUGACAAACCCAAGGAGGCAGCAGCUGCAGAUGCAGAACCCAAGAGAGGUGCU